UCCCCCAAAUCCCCCCCAAAAUCCCCCAAAUCCCUGGAAUCUGGGACACCAGGUCAAACCGCCCAACGGGCGCUGGGGCACCCUGGAUUUGGGUGGGCACCCUGGAUUCGGGGGGGCACCCUGGAUUCGGGGGGCACCCUGGAUUCUGGGGGGGCACCCUGGAUUCUGGGGAGCACCCUGGAUUCUGGGGAGCACCCUGGAUUUGGGUGGGCACCCUGGAUUCUGGGGAGCACCCUGGAUUCUGGGGAGCACCCUGGAUUCUGGGGGGCACCCUGGAUUUGGGGGGGCACCCGGGCCUUGCCCACUACCCCUCCCGACGCCCCCUCGCCCCUCCCCCGCCCCAUUUCGGGGCAGUUUCGGGGCUCCCGGGGGGGAUUUGGGGUGUCCCGGACACCAGGCCAGCCCCGCCAGCGGCUGCUGCGGGGGCACCCCCGGCUCUGGGGGGCACCCGCGGCUUGGGGGGCGCUUUGGCGCGGUCCGGGGGGGUCCCAAGGGUGCUCUGGUGCCGUCCACUCCCCCCAAAAGUAUUUGGGGAUCCCCCCUUAACCCCCAGUGAGGUCCCGACCCCCCCGGCCUUUGGGCCACCAGGUCUACCCCGGCGCCCUGCGGGGGCUCGGGGGGCACCCAGGGGCUCGGGGGGCUCCCGCGGUGUGGCGGGGGGGGCCCAAGGGUGCCCGGCGGAUGCGGGGACCCCUCCCCAGGAAUUUGGGGACCCCCCGCUCCCACCCCCGGCGCGCCGCCCGUGGGCCGCGGUUGCCGGAGCAACCGGGCGGGCUGCGGGGAGGGGAUGCCGGUGGGCAGCACCCAUGGGUGGGCUCCGGCGGGGGCGCCCAGCUGCGACCCCCGCCCCCCCCCAGAUGUGCGUGGAGCCCCCCUGGCCCGCGGGCCCUACGCCCCCUCCCCCUACGAGCGCCCACCCUGGAACCCCCGGUUCUGCAUCAUCUCCGGGAACCAGCUGCUGAUGCUCGAUGAGGAGGAGAUCCACCCGCUGCUCAUCCGGGACCGGCGGAGCGAACCGUGCCGGAGCAAGCUGCUGCGGAGGACCGUCAGCGUGCCGGUGGAGGGGCGCCCGCACCCCGAGCACGAUUACCACGGCGGCCGCUCCCGCAGGAAGAGCGUUCCCGGGGGGAAGCAGUUCAGCAUCAACAUGGACGCGCCGCCCGCGCCGCCCUUCCGGCCCUCGCAAGGCUUCCUGAGCCGGCGCCUCAAGAGCUCCAUCAAGCGCACCAAGAGCCAGCCCAAGCUGGACCGCACCAGCAGCUUCCGGCAGAUCCUGCCACGCUUCCGGAGCGCUGACCACGACAGGAGACCUGGACACACCUGGGGACAUCAGGGCACACCUGGGGACACCACAGGGGCAUUUGGGGACAUUUGGGGGCACUGGACCAGCAGCUCCCACAGCGCCGAGCGUGACAGGGCCCGGCUGAUGCAGAGCUUUAAGGAGUCCCACUCACACGAGUCGCUGCUGAGCCCCUCGAGCGCGGCCGAGGCGCUGGAGCUGAACCUGGACGAGGAUUCCAUCAUCAAGGCCGUGCACAGCAGCAUCCUGGGCCAGGAGUUCUGCUUCGAGGUGACAACGGCGUCGGGCACCAAAUGUUUCGCCUGUCGGUCGGCGGCCGAGAGGGACAAAUGGAUCGAGAACCUCCAGCGCGCCGUGAAGCCCAACAAGGACAACAGCCGGCGCGUGGACAAUGUGCUGAAGCUGUGGGUGAUCGAGGCGCGCGACCUGCCGCCCAAGAAGCGCUACUACUGCGAGCUGUGCCUGGACGACAUGCUGUACGCGCGCACCACCAGCAAGGCCCGCACCGACAACGUCUUCUGGGGGGAGCACUUCGAGUUCAACAACCUGCCCGCCGUGCGCACCAUCCGCCUGCACCUCUACAAGGACACCGACAAGAAGAGGAAGAAGGACAAGAGCAACUACGUGGGCAUGGUGAGCAUCCCCAUCGCCAGCGUCACCGGGCGGCACUUCGCCGAGCAGUGGUACCCCCUGAGCCAGCCCAGCGGCAGCAAGAGCAAGGCCGGCUGCCCGGCGCUGCGCGUCAAGAGCCGCUUCCAGACCAUGAGCAUCCUGCCCAUGGAGCUCUACAAGGAGUUCGCCGAGUACGUCACCAACAACUACCGCAUGCUGUGCGCCGUGCUGGAGCCCGUGCUCAGCGUCAAGAGCAAGGAGGAGGUGGCCUGCGCGCUGGUGCACAUCCUGCAGAGCACCGGGAAGGCCAAGGACUUCCUGUCGGACAUGGCCAUGACGGAGGUGGAUCGUUUCAUGGACCGGGAGCACCUGAUCUUCCGGGAAAACACCUUGGCCACCAAAGCCAUCGAGGAGUACCUGAAGCUCAUCGGCCAGAAAUACCUCAAGGAUGCCAUUGGCGAGUUCAUCCGCGCGCUCUACGAGUCGGAGGAGAACUGCGAGGUGGACCCCAUGAAGUGCUCAGCCUCCACCCUGGCCGACCACCAGGCCAACCUGCGCAUGUGCUGUGAGCUGGCGCUCUGCAAGGUGGUCAACUCCCACUGCGUGUUCCCGCGGGAGCUGAAGGAGGUGUUCGCCUCAUGGCGGCUGCGCUGCGCCGAGCGCGGGCGUGAGGACAUCGCCGACCGCCUGAUCAGCGCCUCGCUCUUCCUGCGCUUCCUGUGCCCCGCCGUGAUGUCCCCCAGCCUCUUCGGCCUGAUGCAGGAGUACCCCGACGAGCAGACGGCCCGGACGCUGACCCUCAUCGCCAAGGUCAUCCAGAACUUGGCCAACUUCACCAAGUUCGGGAGCAAGGAGGAGUACAUGGCAUUCAUGAACGAGUUCCUGGAGCUGGAGUGGGCCAGCAUGCAGCAGUUCCUGUACGAGAUCUCCAACCUGGACACGCUGACCAACAGCACCAGCUUCGAGGGCUACAUUGACCUGGGCCGCGAGCUGUCCACACUGCACGCGCUGCUCUGGGAGGUCAUGAGCCAGCUCAGCAAGGAGGCGCUGCUGAAGCUGGGCCCGCUGCCGCGGCUGCUGACCGACAUCAGCGUGGCGCUGCGCAACCCUCACCUGCAGCGGCAGCCCAGCCAGGGCGAGCGCCUGCCGCCCAAAGGGCUGGUCCUGCGCGGGCCCUCGGCCGACCUGCAGCCCUACCUCGUGCGCGACCUCAACAGCUCCGUGGAUCUCCAGUCCUACAUGGUGCGGGGGCUCAACAGCUCCAUGGACGUGCCCCGCCUGCCGUCCCCGCCGCAGGAGAAGGGUCCCCCGGAGGUGCUGGUGCUCAGCCGCCCGCCGCUGGCCCGCUCGUCCCCCGCCUACUGCACCAGCAGCUCCGACCUCACCGAGCCCGAGGGCGGCCGCGGGGGCGCGCUGGGGGUGGGCAAGAGCGUGUCCAUGCUGGACCUGCAGGACGGACGCGUGGACAGCAUCCCCAGCCUGCCGGCCGAGCUGCUGGCCGGGGCGCCGGCCCCGGGGGGCGCGGGCCAGGGGGGGCUGCGGCCCGGCCGCCUCUCGCAGGGCAGCGCCUCCAGCCUGGCCCCGCCGCGCCUGGGCGUGCCCGAGCCGGGGGGACCCCAGCUGAGGGUCCCGCUCUCCUUCCAGAACCCCCUGUUCCACCUGGCCGCCGACGGGCCCCUGCGCGGCCCCGACGGCGGCGGGGGCGGCGGGAGGGGCGAGGGGGGCGGCGGAGACGGGGGCCACUUCGGGGGCCCCCCGCCGCCCCUGCACGGCUACAGCAAGAGCGAGGAGCUGGCGACCCCUCCCCAAAAACACAUCACGCACAGCCACAGCUACAGCGACGAGUUCGGGCGGCCCGGCGGCGACUUCGGGCGGCGGCAGCUGUCGCUGCAGGACACGCUGGCCCCGCCGCAGAUCACCAUCGGCGCGCCCCCGCCGCCCACCCCGCGGGGGUCGCGGGCCGGGAAGGGCGGCGGGGGCUCCUCGGCGCUGGGGGUGCCGCAGAAGCCGCGGCCGGCCAGCGGGAACCUGCUGGCGUCCCCCGAGCCCGCCUACGGCCCCCCGCGCUCCCGCCAGCCCUCGCUGGCCAAGGAGGCCUCGGUGGCCGGCAUGAAGCCGCCCGUCACCAAGCAGGCGUCGCAGGCGCCCUCCACGCUGAACCCGGUGCUGCCGGCGUCGGAGCGCACGGUGGCCUGGGUGUCCAACAUGCCGCACCUGUCGGCCGACAUCGAGAGCGCGCACAUCGAGCGCGAGGAGUACAAGCUCAAGGAGUACUCCAAGUCCAUGGACGAGAGCCGGCUGGACCGGGUGAAGGAGUACGAGGAGGAGAUCCACUCGCUGAAGGAGCGGCUGCACAUGUCCAACCGCAAGCUGGAGGAGUACGAGCGGCGCCUGGUGACGCAGGAGGAGCAGACGAGCCGCAUCCUCCUGCAGUACCAGCAGCGCCUGGAGCUCAGCGAGAAACGGCUGCGGCAGCAGCAGCAGGAGAAGGACUCCCAGAUCAAGAGCAUCAUCGGCAGCCUGGCCCCGCAGGCUGAUGCUGGUGGAGCAGGAGCUGCGCAGGGAUCACUUGGGCGCCCACGACCCAUCCGAGGGCCGGCGGCGGCUGCUCGACGCUCAGGUGCUGUCCGUCAGGUAGCGCGGCCUGGCCCCGCCAGUGGCACCGGACCCUCGGCCACCGGUGACACCCCAGGUGGGUCCUUGUCCCCUCCCCGUCACCCCCCGGGCCGCACAGGGGGACCCUUGGGGACACGGAGCCCAGAUGUCCCCAAGGCCCUCUCAUGUCCCCAAGGGACAUUGGGGACCCUUGGGGACAUGGAUCCAGGUAUCCCCAAGAUCCUUUUCUGUCCCCAAGGCAUGUUGGGGACCAUUGGGGAUCCUUGGGGACAUGGAUCGGGAAUGUCCCCAAGGCUCUUUUAUGUCCCCAAGGGACAUUGGGGACCCUUGGGGACACGGGUCCAAGAUGUCCCCAAGGCCCGCCUGUGUCCCCAUGUCCCUCAGGGACACUGGGUACCAUUGUGGACAUGGAUCCAGAUGUCCCCAAGGCCCUUUUCUGUCCCCAAGGGACACUGGGGACCACUGGGGACACAGAUCCCCAAUUUGGUGUCUCCAUGUCCCUCAGGAACCCUUGGGGACACGGAUCCAAGAUGUCCCCAAGGCCCUCCUGUGAACCCAUGUCCCUCCCAUGUCCCUCAGGGACACUGGGGACUCCUUGGGGACACAGAUCCAGAUGUCCCCAAGACCCUUUUCUGUCCCCAAGGCACAUUGGGGACCACUGGGGACAGAGAUGCAGGUGUCACCAAGACCCUUUGCUGUCCCCGUGUUCCUCUGGAGCCCUUGGCGACAUGGAUCCAAGAUGUCCCCAAGGCCCUCCUGUGUCCCCAUGUUCCUCCUAUGUCCCUCAGUGACAUUGGGGACCCUUGGGGACAUGGAUCCAGGUGUCCCCAAGACCCUUUUCUGUCCCCAAGGGACACUGGGAACCCUUGGGGACACAGAUCUGGAAUGUCCCCAAGAUCCUUUUAUGUCCCCAAGGGAUGUUGGGGACCAUUGGGGACCAUUGAUCUAGGCGUCCCCAAGGCCCUUUUCUGUCCCCAAGGGGCACUUGGGACCAUUGGGGACACAGAUCCCCAGUUUGGUGUCCCAUGUCCCUCAGGAACCCUUGGGGACACGGAUCCAAGAUGUCCCCAAGGCCCUCCUGUGACUCCAUGUCCCUCAGGGACACUGGGGACUCCUUGGGGACACAGAUCUGGAAUGUCCCCAAGACCCUUUUCUGUCCCCAGGGGACUUCGGGGACCACUGGGGACCCUUGGGGACACGGAUCCAGAUGUCCCCAAGACUCUCCUGUGUCCCCAAGAGACAUUGGGGACCACUGGGGACAUGGAUCCAGAUGUCCUUGUGUCCCUCCCAUGUCCCUCAGGGACACUGAGACCCCUUGGGGACACGGAUCCAAGAUGUCCCCAAGGCCCUCCUGUGACUCCAUGUCCCUCAGGGACACUGGGGACUCGUUGGGGACACAGAUCUGGAAUGUCCCCAAGACCCUUUUCUGUCCCCAGGGGACUUUGGGGACCAUUGGGGACCCUUGGGGACAUGGAUCCAGAUGUCCCCAAGACUCUCCUGUGUCCCCAAGAGACAUUGGGGACCAUUGGGGACAUGGAUCCAGAUGUCCUUGUGUCCCUCCCUGUCCCUCAGGGACACUGAGACCCCUUGGGGACACGGAUCCAGAUGUCCCCAAGACCCUUUUCUGUCCCCAAGGAGCACUUGGGACCACUGGGGACACAGAUCCCCAGUUUGAUGUCCCUGUGUCCCUCAGGAGCUGUUGGUGACACGGAUCCCGGUGUCACCCUUGGAGACACGGAUCCAAGAUGUCCCCAAGGCCCUCCUGUGACUCCAUGUCCCUCAGGGACACUGGGGACUCCUUGGGGGGACACAGAUCUGGAAUGUCCCCAAGACCCUUUUCUGUCCCCAAGGGACACUUGGGACCACUGGGGACCCUUGGGGACAUGGAUCCAGAUGUCCCCAAGACCCUCCUGUGUCCUCAGGAGACAUUGGGAACCACUGGGGACAUUGAUGCAGGUGUCCCCGUGUCCUUCCCAUGUCCCUCAGGGAGACUGGGGAUUCCUUGGGGACACUGAUCCAGGUGUCCCCAAGACCCUUUUCUGUCCCCAAGGGACACUGGGGACAAAGAUCUGGAGUGUCCCCAUGUCCCUCCUGUGUCCUCAUGUCCCUUCCCCCUCCCUUGGGAACACUGGGGACACAGAUCCGGGUGUCCCCAAGAUCCUUUGAUGUCCCCAAGGGACAUUGGGGACCACUGGGGACAGGGAUCUGGAGUGUCCCCAUGUCCCUCCUGUGUCCCCAUGUCCCUUGGGGACAUGGAUUGAGGUGUCCCCACCUCCCUCCUGCUGUCCCUGUGUCCCUCCUGGUGUCCUCCUGUCCCUCUCGUGUCCCUGUGUCACCUGGGGACACUGUCCCUGGUGUCCCCUUGUCCCCCCUGAUGUCCCCAUGUUGCUUAUGGACACUGGGGACCCCUUGGGGCACUGGGGACCCUUUGGGGACACCACCCCAGAUGUCCCCAUGUCCCUCCUGGUGUCCCCAUGUCCCUUAGGGACACUGGAGACGCUUUGGAGACACCACCCCAGAUGACCCCAUGUCCCCCCUGGUGUUCCCAUGUCCCCCUCCAUGAUGUCCCCAUGUCCCUUGGGGACACUGGGGACACCUUGGGGGCACCACCCCAGGUGUUCCCAUGUGCCUCAAGGACACUGAGGACCCCCUGGGGACACUGGGGACCCAUUGGGGACACCACCCCAAGUGUCCCCAUGUCCCUCUUGGUGUCCCCAUGUCCCUUGUGGACACUGGGGACCCUUUGGGGACACUGGGGACACUGUGGGAACACCACCCCAGGUGUCUCCAUGUCCCCUCAGGUGCCACCACUGGCCCUGUCCACACCCCCUGGGGGUGCCACCAUUGUCCCCACCUCCCCGGGGGGUGUGACCGUGGUUGGGGGAGGGGAUUAGGGGGGGUUGUCACCAGCUGUCCCCCAGCGCUGGCGCUGUCACCGUCACCAUCCUCGUGUCUUGUGUCUGUCCCCAUCUCAUGGGGGAGGGGGGAGGUGACACCGUGUCCGUGUGCCAUGUC